AUGGCAGCCCCGCCAGUCGCAGUUGUCUGCGUGGGGAUGGCAGGGUCCGGGAAGACGACGUUCAUGCAGAGAAUCAACUCGUACCUUUACAGCCAAAAGAAGCCUCCGUAUGUCAUGAACCUCGACCCAGCAGUACAUUCGGUUCCUUUCGAGAGCAAUAUCGACAUAAGAGACUCAAUAAACUACAAGGAGGUCAUGAAACAGUACAAUCUUGGACCUAAUGGCGGCAUCCUGACUUCUCUAAACCUAUUCGCCACGAAAAUUGAUCAGAUUAUGGCAAUUUUAGAGAAGCGCGCAUUGCCGACUGCCACGCCGGAGCAGCCCGCAGCCCCCAAGCGGAUGGAACAUAUACUUGUGGAUACACCUGGCCAGAUAGAAGUGUUUGUGUGGAGUGCAUCAGGAAGUAUACUGCUAGAAUCGCUGGCAUCGUCGUUUCCUACAGUGAUUGCAUAUAUUAUUGAUACCCCACGGACAAGCUCGACGAGCACGUUUAUGAGCAACAUGCUCUAUGCCUGCAGUAUUUUAUACAAGACGAAGCUACCUAUGAUCCUGGUUUUCAACAAGACGGACGUCAAGGAUGCCGAGUUUGCAAAGGAAUGGAUGACCGAUUUCGAAAAGUUCCAGGCCGCCCUUGCAGAAGAGGAACAACACGGUGCCUUUGGCGGAGGUGAGGGUGGCACAGGCGGUGUUGGGGGUGGCAGUGGAUACAUGGGCUCGUUCCUGAACAGUAUGAGUCUGAUGCUCGAGGAGUUUUAUCACCAUUUGAGUGUGGUGGGAGUCAGCUCCAUGACCGGAGACGGAGUAGACGAGUUUUUCGCCGCAGUAGAGGAAAAGCGCAAAGAGUUUGACCGUGACUACAAGCCAGAGCUUGAGAGGAAGAGGGAGCAGAGGGAAAAAGAGAAGCUUGAGAAACGAGAUAUUGAGCUGGGCAAACUGUUGAAAGAUAUGAAUGUUUCAAGCGCUCCAGCCUCGUCAAAGGAUAAAGCAGACCAAAUCGAAACCAUCUCAGAUGCAGAAGAUGACGAUGACGAUGGCGAUGAUGAACGACCUAGCCAGCGAGACGACGCCGGACUCUCGCAGCGGUAUAGCAAUGCCCUGGCCGAGUCUGGGGACGGCCAAGCCAGCAAAGACAGCAGCUUUGCACGAUACCUAAAGUCGUCUAAUCUGGGGUAG